AUGUCGCAGUCUCGAAAAGCAAAACAAGCAGAUCCAAAAGGUGGCCUCGAGCUUUCCUCUGAAUCAAAAACGCAGCGGGCCUUGCACGAAUCGAAGCAUGGCAAGGCCGAACAGUCAGGUUUGACAAGCAAUGACCUUCUAGGAGUAGGGGAGCAAUUUGUUCACAUCGGCUAUGCUGCCUCGCGGUCUUCCCAAAUUUCCAUUGCCGACCUCACAACCUCCUCCAAUGACCAUGACGCGAAAGUACAGGAAGCAGCUUGCUUGGAAGCAGUCAUCCACAUGGCACUGAUUCGGAAAAUAUGUCAGACUAUACCUUUGGUUGGAAAUGCGACCCUGUCGACUUGUCUUGCCCAAUCGGCACUGACAGAUGUCGCAAGUCUACGGGAGAUGUGGCAACUUGUGGUAGCUCUUGACCGGGAUGUCCAUAAUUUUACUCCUGGUCAUCUGCGGAUCACAUACAAUUUCGUUGGUAUUGAGGAGGCGACGUAUGUGUGGGCGAUUGACAAUCAAGCGAGGAAGUCCGAUUUUGAAACGCCGGUCGAGUGGCCCGUUGUUGCUCGCCGUCAAAUAGCAUUGAGCACAGGCAUCUGCGACAUGGCCAGUGCAGGAGAGCCUUUGUUCUGCGACCUUGUUGCAAGUAUCGCCGAAGGCUACAACGGCACCUCGAAUCAACCCCUAUCUGGAGCAAUCGUCACGCCUAGAGCCAUGCCAGCACCCGGAGAGAAAGGCAACCACAACAAUUACAAGGUCAUUGCGUGUGAUAAGGCACAGACUGGAACAGAUGGCUUCCAGAAAGAUGCACGAUCAUUAGCAGGGCAGGUUGAGAGGAAGAACAACCUUCUGAUUGGGGUAGGCAGCCAAUUUACCAAUCAUCCUGGCCCCGGUUACUGGCCCGUGGAACUUUCUUUGGCGAAAAGAGACGACACCAAGUCCCGCAAAGCCUGA